UGUGAAACAUGUGGUCGCCUUCCGACGGCCCAUGAGGACAGUUGAAUAUUUUGAGAGGAAGAUUAUAUGCUGCUACCAGCAUUCCAGGCUCAGCUGAAGUGCUGGACAUAUCCCAUAUCCCAGCCGAGAGGACCCGCAACUUCAGUGUUAUUGCACACAUUGACCAUGGCAAGAGCACCCUGGCAGACAGGCUACUAGAGAUCACUGGUGCUAUCUCGGCGGACUCGCGGAACAUGCAGGUGCUGGACCGGCUGCAGGUGGAGCGCGAGCGCGGUAUCACCGUCAAGGCGCAAACAGCGUCCCUGUUCUACACACACAACGGCGAGGAAUAUUUGCUCAACCUGAUUGAUACUCCAGGACACGUAGACUUCAGUUACGAGGUGUCCCGAUCAUUGCAGGCGUGUCAGGGCGUGGUGCUGCUGGUGGAUGCCAACAAGGGCGUGCAGGCGCAGACUGUGGCCAACUUCUACCUGGCUUUCACCAGCGAGCUGGCCAUCGUGCCAGCCGUCAACAAGAUCGACCUACGCCACGCCGACCCGGACCGAGCCGUGGCGCAGAUGCAGCGUCUGUUCGACUGCGACCCGGACAAGAUCUGCCGGAUAUCGGCCAAGCUGGGUACGAACGUGGAGUCUGUGCUGACAUCGGUGAUAACCGAGGUGCCGGCGCCCGUCCACUGCCGCCGCGAUGCGCCCACACGCGCUCUCAUCUUCGACACGUGGUUUGACCGGUACAAGGGCUGCGUGCCGCUGGUGGCGGUGGUGGACGGUCAGCUGGCGGCCGGGGACGUGGUGGUCUCGCAGCAGUCAAGCCGCGCGUACGAGGUCCGCGAGGUGGGCCUGCUGCGACCGCACGAGACGCCCGUCCAGCGUCUGUUUGCCGGUCAGGUGGGCUACAUACACGCCAACAUCCGGACGGCGAGCGAGGCUCAGGUGGGCGACACGCUGGGCCUGCGAGGCCAUCAGAUCACGCCCUUCUCCGGCUUCAAGCGCGCCAAGCCAAUGGUGUACGCCGGCCUGUACCCGAUGGACCAGUCGCAGGUGCCCAGUCUGCGCAGCGCCAUCCAGCGGCUCACGCUGAACGACUCCAGUGUCAGCGUUCAGGUGGAGUCCAGCGCGGCGCUGGGCCAGGGCUGGCGGCUGGGCUUCUUGGGUCUGCUGCACAUGGACGUGUUCACCCAGCGGCUGGAGCAGGAGUAUGACUCGGAGGUGGUGGUCACCUCGCCGAGCGUGCCCUACAGAGCCAAGGUGCAUGGCGCCAAGAACAUCAAACACUAUGGCAGUGAGGAGAUUUCCAUUAACGGUCCGGCUCAGUUUCCGGACGUGUCGACCGUCUCCGAGUUCAUGGAGCCCAUGGUGACGGGCACCAUCAUCACACCUGUUCUUCUGGGCAGCAAGUGA